UCGAAGUGUAUGCUGCAUUGCUGCUAGCUGUCGCUUUGGCCAGUUGUGGCUAAGUUUAUUCUGCUACGCAACAAAGGCCCUAGCCCUCCAUCUAUCUAUCUCUCCAUGGGCAUUGAGAAGUCGAGUCUUCGGGUCCACUCAGUCUGGAAGAAGCUGGCAACUGAACGGACGUGAUCAUCACAUCCAUCUCCUCUCUUGGUCGGGGUAUGAGCGGUUCUGGGCGUGGAACGUGGUGAAUGGGUUAGUGUCACCCUCGCCCUUCCUCUGCCUUCUCACGAUGCCUGAGGAACACGCCCAUUACCAUGUCUCCUAGAUGAGAACCCAGUGUGGAUUUGUCGUUGCUCUUGUGUUCUCAAGAGAUCUUCGAGUGCUGAGUGAGUGAAUCCAACAUUCCCGUCUUGCGUCAAGAUGCCAUUACUCGCCGAAGAGCGUGAUCGGAAGUGUUUCAUUGGAAAGUGAGGAGGGGAGAUCAUAGCGCUCGCCACCCGAUAUUUCUACGGUUUUGUCAGUUAUAUUCUCCGGUCCAUGGGUGACGGUGCUAUUCGUAAAGUGUGAAAAAAAAAACUUUUUUGGUCUUGCUCAACGUGUUGAAAACAGAAAACCACCAUGCCCGUGCAAUCGCCCCAAUGGACCGAGUACCUGAGCUGCCCUGUUUGUGAAAACGGAUUUGAGCUCAGGAACCGCCUCCCCAUCAGUCUUGGUUGCGGUCAUACCAUUUGUCAAACAUGUCUGGCUCAACUCAGGCGUCGGGCGUGUCCUUUUGAUCAGGGUCAAAUACGACUUCCUUUGAAUCAGUUGCCGGUCAAUACUUCGUUGGUGCUCUUGAUUGAUGCUGAUGCAUCUUUGGAGCAAUAUCGUAUCAAAAUCGAGGAUGAAUCCGUCACGCCUCAUUAUGUGGCUGCUACGGUACAAUUGGAAAAGCUGGCUCAAUUUCUCAGAGUCUUGAGCCGGCCCCCAUUGUCGCGGCCUAUGCAAAGGAAACUGGUCACAUUGAUCAAUUGCCAAUUACUUGAAGAAGAGGGGCGAGCCCGAGUGGUGCGGGCAGCUCGAUCCUUGGGCGAACGAUCCGUAACGGAGCUUAUUCUUCAGCAUCAAAAUCCUCAGCAAUUAUCCGCUAACCUUUGGGCAGCUGUUCGAGCUCGAGGCUGUCAGUUUUUAGGCCCAGCUAUGCAAGAGGAGGUCCUAAAGUUGGUUCUUCUUGCCUUGGAAGACGGAUCAGCUCUGUCUAGAAAAGUCUUGGUCAUGUUUGUGGUGCAACGGUUAGAACCUCAUUUUCCGCAGGCCUCCAAAACCAGUAUUGGUCAUGUGGUGCAGCUACUUUAUAGAGCAUCUUGCUUCAAAGUGACGAAACGUGAUGGUGAUUCAUCUCUGAUGCAACUGAAAGAAGAGUUCCGCACCUAUGACACCCUCCGAAGAGAACAUGAUGCUCAGAUUGUGCAGAUUGCCACGGAAGCCGGUCUCAGAAUUGCUCCUGAUCAGUGGUCAUCCCUUCUGUAUGGAGAUGGUGCCCACAAAUCACAUAUGCAAUCCAUCAUUGAUAAGCUACAAACGCCGCAAUCGUUUCUUCAGUCCGUGCAGGAACUCAUAAUCGCCCUUCAGAGAACAGGAGAUCCGGGAAAUUUGGGACAACUUCGCCCCCAUUUGGAUUUUCUAGCCGCUCUCGAUCCCAAUCCUGAGAGCGAUAAUCCCGAUUGGGAAACGCUGAAUUCCUCGCUCUGUUCAGUGUAUGAAGUCGUUCAAGGGCUUCAAGCAUUCAUUGAGCAACAAACCCAGUCGAGGAAAGGAAGUGACGGCCUAAACGCCAAUCCAUCGGCCCCAAAUGCCAGAUAUAAGACAAGUAUGUGCCGAGACCUGACCUCGCAUGGCUCUUGUCCUCGAGGAAAGAAUUGCACGUUCGCUCACUCCCAAUCUGAAAUGGAGCAAUUCAGAACCAGUCGCAAGCCCAAGUUUGUUGGUAAACCUCCACCUGUGGUGGGUUCCGUGCCGCCUAUUGUGAACAGUGCAAGAGGGCCGGUACUCGGUGCCAAAAAGGACCCCAUGGGAAUGGGCUCCCCCCUUACCAUUCCUCCGGUAGCUCAGGUGGCACCACUUCAGAGGGGCUUUGUUGCUCCCACGCACUUAUCAACCCCGGUGGAGCCUACUAUUGGCCAUGGAAUGGCUCAAGUCAUGCCCAUGGAUGAAGCCUACGUGAACGAGGUCUUGCACUCCAACCCGGGACCUAUCGGAAGUUUUCCAUCCCGUGAUGGGGUUGGAAUGACCUCCAAUGAGCAUGGAGAGUCUGCGUACCAUCAAACUCACACGGUGAUGUCCGUCCAACCUAUGACCGGUGGAAAUCUAAUAAAAGGUUCCGAGCAUGAUUCAAAUUUUGACAGAUAUCCUCUCCGUUGCGAGAGUCGAAACUCACAUUUGGAUAUACCGGAAAUGACCAUGGCCACCAAGAGCUUGGGUGCUUUGAAGAGCCGAAAAGAGGAAAUCAUCGACUAUUUGGAGGAUCUUGUUGGCAAAGAAGAGACCCAGACGAUCACAAAGAAAGCUUCAAUAACAAUUGGCAAUGGUAACGGGCCCUCUUCCUCGCAAUCUCCUUCUUCUUUGACAGUUGAGAAACCCCAAUUGAGGCAAAGUAAAUCGGCCCCAUCUCAAAGCAAUUACUCGAUUUGGACAUCUCGAUCCAUUGCGACUUUGCCCUCUCCAUGUGAAAAUACUCAAAGUGAAGGCAAGGUGGCUACCGUGGCUCCAAAUUUCAUCGAAGAUAUUGCGGCUGACGUUUGUACCUCACCGUCCGAGUUUGAUCUAAUGGAAGACGGGGAAAAAGUUCCCAUGGGGGAGGUCAAUAUUGACACGUGGCACGUGGGUAAAUCUUGCUUGGACGAGGAUGAGGAAAUGAUUCCAUUUUCGGACACCCCUCAAAUUUGUCGCUUCGGACCCAUUUCUCGCAAGACUGGCACUCUCCUCCAGCUAGCCUCUCCUUCUCAAACUCAGGCCCUCAUGAAUGACGAACCCACGCCCACAGCCGUGGUGAGACACUCUAAGCAGCUCACGCGACAAGUACCCUCCUUGGCAUCGCUGUAUCACCAGAAUGGUACCCGCACCACCUUGCAACCCGUGGCCAUCGGAGCCAAUGGCGAGAUCAGUUAUGUUGCCGUCCCGGAGAGCUCCUAUCCAACCACCGAUGUGACCCUUCAACAAAUUCAGCACAAUUCGGCCCUUCUCUCGAACGUUGCCCCGGCUUCUCAACAGAGUCUCUUUGCCGAAUCUGAGCGAAUGAAGCAUGAGUUGGAGAUGUUGCAGAAGAAGAUAUCCGAUCUGAAUAUGGCUCACAUUGAACGCCAAUCGACGGGAUCCGAUCCAAACUCCCGUUAUGGGGUGUCUUCUGAGAGAGACGAUUUAACGCGCGAGCUUCAAAUGAUCGAAUCGACCAUUCGCGAUCGUGAGUUGGAGAUUUCGGCCAACAGACUUCGUAUUGAGACAGGAGAGAAUACUAUUAUCCCCUUGUCUUCGUCAUUUGGAGCAUUCGCUGCUUCACAUGGGAUGGUUCAUUAUGACGAAUCGGGCGGAGUAAGCUCACCAUGCACCUCUUCAGCCUAAACUGACCACGCUGAAACUGCAUCCAGACUACCAAUACUACUACCUACUACUACUACUACUACUUCACACCUACUACUGUUACUGCUUCUAUUACCACUACUUCUAUCGAUGUCCCAGGUUCGUUCACAAGGACCAACUAACAAACACCUAUACACCACAGCCACUGCUUCCUUUUUCCUAUCCUUUUCUCCUUUACAUUUGAAUUUGCGUAUUAAUACCUCUAAACUGUAACAAGAAUCAAACCGAGACGCCACCGGCAUUAUCUGUCAGCUAUCACAAACAAGCAAACACAUGUCAUUUCUUCGUCUUGCAUUUGCAAGUCCGGCGAAAUGCGAUUCAAACCAAAUUUGCGUCAUAAUUCUGGGUCUUACGACCAGUGCCUGAGCAUUAUUCUUGAAACAGUCUCGUAGGCAUGUAAAUGACAGAUCGUACAUCAUGGGCUCAGAUACUUUUCUAACGGCCUCCCUGGUAUGCAGUAAAAUCAUUUGAACCUACACCGUUAAGUAUUUGAUUUCGCAUGACCCCCCCCAAUUCAGUAACUUGAUUGUCGUCGAACUUGAUGGCUACGUUUGCUUCAUAUUGAAUCCAUACAACUUAUAUUUAUGAUGAAAGAUUUAGAUUUACUACCAUCACCCAAAGUAAGUGACCCGUCGCUUUGACUCAGUCCGAGAAGCCGAGAGCAUAACUAUGCGGUCAUAUUAUUAAACUCUUUGUUCGAAUCAAUUGCUAUUGGCACAAAAAACAUAAGCUAUCCACAUGAAAUUUUUCUACUGUGUAGUACACUCCCACAACAUCCCACAAUCUACUCAUACAUGUGAAUGAACAAGCUUCUCCAAAUGAAAUGAAGGGCAUUAUGAGUUAUUGAAAAGCUAACAAAAAAUCAAUUUUUGUUAUCAUAACUCCUCAUUACCUGCUUCAGUCUCUUGUCUUAUUUAAACCCGUCAUGAUAUAUAACACUCCAGAAAGUGAAAAGAAUAAAGUUACGUACCAUACAAAUAAUGACGUCAA